CAGGAAGAGCCUGGCACGUCUCCUCCAGAGCCGCGGACCCGACCGGGAUCUGCCCGCACCCCGCAGAGCCAUGGAGCGGCUCCCACAGCUGGUGCUGUGUGUUACCACAGUGGCUGUUGUCUCCUGUUCUGGAUCACAAGAAGAAAACUCUUCUUCACCAAAUCCACCUCAGAAGCUCUCCCUGAUAAAAAAUAGGAUGGUUUCAUUGCAUCAGCCUGCUAAACCAGAAAUCUCUUGUAUCAUCGGCUCAAGCUGUUCAUGGGUGACGUCUACAGACAGUUUUGGAAAACCAGACUGGGUGUUAUCGUCCAUCGGUGUCCUGGUGUCUCAGGAGAGGCAGCAGCUGCUUCUGGAAAACAGUUCCUCCUGUGGAGAUAUUGAAGGGGACAUUUUCCUUCUGAACACCAGUAGGCUCCCAGAUAGAUGUGAGUUCAGCCUGCACAGCCCCAUCCUGCUCGGGAGUUUGGACUCCUGCUUGCUGGAACUGGCCGUAUGUUCACAGGAUGCUGUUCCUCUCCUUCAGAGGUUCACAGUUGACAUCAGAUAUGUGGAGACAAACAAAAAUACAGCGAUUUCUCUGAGAGUUGGCCAUGAGGAGAAUGCUGGGAUGAAGUGGAGAUACCUGGUGGCCCAGAUUGGACGAAUAGAGAGACCUUUUAAAAUCACGCUGCUGUAUUCAAACUGUGGAGCACAGGAGGCUGGAGUACUGGCAGUGGGCUCCUUGCAACUCAGGAACUGCUUUCAUGAUAAAGAAAAUCAAGAUCUUUUUAUAUAUGACAAAGGCUCCACCUUCCCCUGCCUUCAUGGAGGCUGUGUCAGCCACCUACAGGUCUGUGAAUUCAUCAGUGAUUGCCCUGCCAAAGAACAGAAAGGAGAGAGGUGUGACAGCCUCCCAGAGGGCUCACACUGCUCUUUUGAAGAGGGUCCAUGUGGCUGGACACUGAAUGAAACUGCAGGAUCUCCUUGGUCUAUUCAGGGCUUUUCUGAAAUGAUUCAAGGACAUUUCCUCUACCUGCGAGCAGACAGCAAUCAGACGAGCGGUAUGGCUAAGGCUUACAGUACCAGCCUGCCUGCCAGUAUUGCCGCUGAAGGCUACCAGAUCCAGUUCUCAGUGCAUGUAUUUGGCAGCUACAAUGGUACUGUCUCCUUCUCUGUCAAGGAAGAGAUAAAGGGAGCUCCAGUCAUUUUGCCAAUGUGGGAAAGGGCAGGGAGCUGGAGUGACCACUGGUUUCUCAUCACCUUACCAAUGCCAGUGCUUCAGAACCGGUUUGAACUGCAACUCCUGGCAACCUGGGGCUGGAAUUCCCAAGCUGACAUUGCUAUCGACAAUAUUACAUUUGGACUGGACUGCUUCACUGAUGGAAGACAACCAAAUAAUAUUGGUGGGAAACGCCAGUACCCACGUGAGAUUAGUACCAAUGAGCGUCUUCUGAAACCCCUGGAAGAGCCCUCCCUCUCAGGAGACACAACUGUUGUAUUCUGGUGGUUCUCAACAUGUGGUGCCAGUGGCCCUCAUGGGCCAACUCAAGCUCAGUGCGACAGUGCCUAUAAGAACAGCAGUGUGACAGUGACUGUGGAGAAGGAGGGCAGGCUCCGGGGAGUACAAGUCUGGAGAGUGCCAGCCACAAACCGAUACAGGAUUUCUGCCUACGGAGCAGCUGGAGGCAAGGGAGCCAAAAACCACAAUAAGAGGUCCCACGGAGUUUUCAUCUCAGCCACCUUCCACCUGGAGAAAGAUGAACUGCUGUACAUCUUAGUGGGACAGCAGGGGGAGGAUGCCUGCCCUGGGAGCAAUCCUGAAACCCAGAAGAUCUGCCUAGGGGAGUCAUCUCUCAUUGAAGAAGAUUACAGAAAGAAAAAGGAUCUGAGGGAAUGGGCUGGGGGAGGUGGAGGUGGAGGAGGAGCAACCUACAUCUUUAGACAGAAGGAUGGGAUUUUCGAACCUUUGCUCAUCGCAGCAGGAGGAGGAGGAAAAGCCUACCUGAAGGCUCAAGACAGCUCCCUGGAUGAUGUACCCCUGGAGCAAUUUGAGAACAGCACUGCAGUACCUGGAGUCAGUGGAAGGACUGGGGCAUCAGGUGGAGGUGGUGGCUGGCAAGAUGAGAGUCUUCUUCCUCAGACUGGGAAGUCCCUUCUGGAAGGUGGAGAGGGAGGUCAAGCUUGUCCCCAGGCACUAGACAAGCUCCAGUGGGCCACCUCUGGUGGUUUUGGUGGGGGAGGAGGAGCCUGUACUUCUGGAGGAGGAGGUGGAGGGUACAGAGGAGGGCAUGCCUCUGAUAAUGAUGAUAUUACAGCUGGUGGGCAGGAUGGCAUCUCUUUUGUGAACCCUAUUGGAGAGAUCUUCUUGCACCCUUUGGCAGCCAUGGAGAGUCACGGUGAGGUGGAGAUUCAGAUCUAUCUAAAUUGCAGCCACUGCCACUCAGACAACUGUAAGCGGGACCCUGACACCAACCUUCCAGUCUGCCAGUGUGAGAUGGGGGCUGUGCUGGCCAAUGACAAUGUCACCUGCACUGUGCCUCAGGGUCCUAUCCCAGAGGGAUACCUGUCUCUCCCCCUCCUCCUAGCUGUGGUGUCUGUGAUUGUGGUGCUUGGAAUGAUCCUCACUUGCGGCAGCCUAUCUAUCAUUUAUCACCUUAAGAAGCAGCAGCUGGAAGGAGCCAGGGCACGACUGCAGAGCCCAGAAUAUAAACUGAGCAAAAUCCGUACAUCUGCCAUCAUGACUGAUUACAACCCCAACUACUGCUUCGCAGGGAAGGCUGCUGCUCUAAGCGAGCUGAAGGAGAUCCCACGGAAGAACAUCUCUCUGCUUCGGGCACUAGGACAUGGUGCAUUUGGUGAGGUUUAUGAGGGAACUGUGGUAGGCAUUGCAGGGGAUCCCAACCCUCUUCAGGUUGCUAUCAAGACCCUACCAGAAGUCUGCUCUGAGCAGGAUGAGAUGGAUUUCCUGAUGGAAGCAUUGAUUAUCAGUAAGUUCAAUCAUCAGAACAUCGUGCAAUGCAUUGGUGUCAGCCUACAGACACUGCCUCGCUUCAUUCUGCUUGAGCUCAUGGCUGGAGGAGAUAUGAAGAGCUUUCUUCGGCAGAAUCGACCCAGGAUGAAUCGGCCAUCCACGCUAACAAUGCAGGACCUGCUGAACAUAGCUAGGGAUAUUGCCUGCGGCUGUAAAUACCUAGAAGAGAAUCAUUUCAUCCACAGAGAUAUAGCUGCAAGGAAUUGCCUUUUGACCUGUACUGGGGCAGGACGAAUAGCCAAAAUUGGUGACUUCGGGAUGGCCAGGGAUAUUUACAGAGCAAGUUACUAUCGCAAGGGAGGAAGAGCUAUGCUUCCUGUAAAGUGGAUGCCACCAGAAGCUUUUCUAGAGGGUAUUUUCACCUCCAAGACUGAUACCUGGUCCUUUGGUGUGCUGCUUUGGGAGAUUUUCUCUCUAGGCUACAUGCCCUACCCUUGCAAAACCAAUCAGGAAGUGCUGGAAUUUGUCACCAGUGGAGGAAGAAUGGAUCCACCCAAAAACUGUCCAGGACCAGUGUACCGGAUCAUGACGCAGUGCUGGCAGCACAGCCCAGAGUAUCGGCCAAACUUCUCUACCAUUCUGGAAAGAAUCAAAUAUUGCACACAGGACCCUGAUGUGAUCAACACUGAGCUGCCCAUGGAGUGUAGCCCCACACCAGAGGAUGAAGGGAGUAUGGUCAUCCACCCAAACAUUUCCAGUGGGAUAGUGCCACUGCUGGUAAGCCCUUCUCUCACACCUCAGACAACACCUAAAACAAUGGAAUCUCACCAUGCUGGGCACAGACUUGUACAAUGCCCACAAGAGCUACUGGUGGAGAACCUGAGCAACCGGACUGCCCGAGGACCCAGCCUGCCAUGUCUCAGUGAUUUCAACAGCGGGUCGUGGUUCCAGCAGACCUCAAACCAGAAGCUGGACCUCAGCAAUCCAGCAACCCACAGACUUAAAAACAAAACGAAAAAUCUUUGGAACCCAACCUAUGGAUCAUGGGUGCUAGAGAAUAUCUGUCACUUCAGCCCCAGCUCCAAGCUCAAAGCAAAUCCGGAGCGGGAAGAUUCAGGCUUUGAUGGGAAUUGCAGUUCUCCUAGCUCUCGGGCAUCUCCAGCAUCUCCAAGUCGAAGCAACUGCCCUCACCUGGAUAUCAGUGGGAUAGAACUGGUGAAACUCCAGACUUUCCCCUGUGGCAAAGCAAAUUAUGCUUACGAUGACCUGUGCUACAGUGCUGAGCACCAGCCAUUAGCUUUAGCUGAGGUCAGAGCAGCUGUGCUAAGAAGCUCCAGUCUGCACAGAGAUGAAAACUCUUUUUACAAAACAGAAAAAACAUCUAGAGAGAGGGACUCUGGUCUGUCUUUGUCAGAUGACCUGAGUGUUACUCCAGUAUAGUAGAAAUGUUUUUUCCCAAGAUCAGGGAAUGUGUGUGUCUGGAAGGACUGCUUCCUAUUUCACUUACUUCCUCCAUUUUAACUCCUUCAGACGGGUGAAGUUUCAACCUCAGCAAUGUUCUGCCUCCUCCAUCUACCUGCUGGACCCCAAGAUUGUUAAAGGCAAUUGCAUUUCUAUCUCUGUCCUUCAAAUGUGUUCCCGCUUAGAGGUGGAGAACAAUGGCAUUACUUCUCCGAAUACCUAAGGAAUGGACUCCUCAAUAUGCUCAGGUGAAAAGAAAUGGAUCUACCAUCCAGCUGCAGCAUUUGGAUGGAAAUAAUGACCAACACAGGUUGUGUUUCUUUCUGACUGAAGAAUCCAAAAACGUGUGCUGUGCCAGCAGCAACCAAAUUGCAAAGGCUGUUACAUUCCUGAGACCUUUUUACAGUCCUGAUGAAUUACUAAUUCUCAUGUAGUAUAUGGGAAGUAAAAAAAUAUAGCAACCACAUUUUCAUCUGUUUUAUUAGUAGACCUUGUGAAAGCUAUUGCUCAAAUUGGAAGCAGUAGGAAACAGUAGGAAGGAUGGAAAAAAAAAAUAAUCAGACUCCUCUGAGCAUGUACUUUGAAAACAAGCAAUGAAGAGGAAAACAAAUUUACCAUUAAUAAAGCAGUAGUUGGUGGAGCUGAUAGCAUCCCUUUGAAUAGUGGAGGAAAUGUGCUGCUUACCUCACAGUGUAGCUCUCCUCACAGCUCCUGCCAUUGAAGGGGCAGGUGGUUUUUCAAGAAAGGGAGAGCUGCAUGGCGUGAUAAGAAAUGGACUGUCUUUAUCUUCUAAUGGACUUUAUUUGAGAUUAACUUAAUUUUUAUAAGAACUUUGAUAUUCAGGAUUAAUUCCCUGUGCUAUGUUGGUAAGCAUUAAGAUGAGGUUCUUAGGUGACUGUCUAGCAUUUGGUGUACUGGAGUCCUUGGUUUUAAUACCUAUGUCUCUGAGGUAGAAAGAAAGUCAUGCAAAGGAAGGACAGAGUAAAGGGAAACUUAAUGCAAACACUACUUGGGGUACUCUUUAUACUGGAAGGCAGAGUAGCUCGACCAUUUGAGAAAGCUAAAACCAUGACUUGGCUUCACACAGCUGAGCAGGUCGUAAUUUUUCCUUGCCUUGCAAGCACAGCACACAGACUUGCCGGUAAAGAUAGUUGUUUGUUUUGAAGACAGCUCAUUUCUAAGGCUUUCUUUGGUUGCUUAGGAUCUAAACUGAUGUUUACUGGUUAAAGCCUCCAAAAUAAGGAGACAGAAAAGGCAGUUUGGAUUAAGUCUGAACAGUCUUUGAAGCAUUCUGUCUUUGUACCACUCCUGAAUAUCACACUGCCAACCUACAGUGGCAAAUUCCAUUACCUUUGUGUGUAAUCAAGUUGGGAGGUGAGAUGUCAAUUGUAGACUACUCUGGUUUCUUUCUGGGGCAAGAGGGUCUCUGGUGCAUGCUUUAAGCUUAGUGCUCAUCUGCAUGUACAGUCUGAAGAUACGGGCUAAUAGGAGAAGGUUUACUUUGACCACACAGACUUCCUGUCCUUUACAUCAUUUAGGGAUGGACACUACUGAGCUGUGGUAAAGAAAAGCACAGAGUGAAGAGUGUGAAUCAGUCCUCAGUGAAAUGCAUCCUCGGCACAGGUUUAUGCUUCAUUAUCUUACUUUGUAUCUGUUCCACACUUCCUAUAGUUUUAGGACUUUGACUUUAGAAUUAAUAGUUUUAUAUAAUGUCAUUUCAGUGCAUAUAAAUAUCUUAAGAGCAGGUGUCAAGAGGACUGGACCAAAGUCAUUCCAGUGGUACCCAGCAAAAGGACAAAGGGCACCAGGCACAAACUGAAACAGAGAACAUUCCAUCUGAAUAUGAGAAAAAACCUUGCUUACUUUGAGGGUGACAGAAAACUGGAACAAGUUGCCCAGAGAAGCUGCAGAGUCUCCUUCUCCAGAGACACUCAAAAGCAAUUUGGAUGUGAUCCUGUGCAACCUGCUCAAGGUGAAGCUACUUUAGCAGGGGGGAGUUGGACUAGAUGAUCUCUGGAGGACCAACCCUUCUGUGACUUCCAGACACAAAUGACCACCUUUCAGCAAUGGCCUGUAUGUUAUGGAAAUAAUUCCAAAUCCAUGUUGUAAAAUGACAGAUGGUCAAAAGACAGGGUUGUCUCUGUGUGAGACAAAUUCCAGUAGUAGUGUGAGCACUGUGAGGGGCUUAGUAACCAAGGGAGAUGGUUGACCUUGCCUCCUGACCUUCCUUCUCUUUCACCUUUGCUUUAGCUCUCUGGUUUCUCUCACAUUUAGCUUGUCACCUGUCCUAUCUUACAUCCAGGAGUUGCUACAGCCCAGUUAGAUGAGGCAGAAGAGCCCAUUUAGCAAGAAAUAUUAUCAUUCUUUCCUCUUGCAGAGCCCAACAUUUGUGGUCAUGUUUCAGAAUGGUCAUCUCUGGAAUAUUCUAGUCAAAAAUCAAUAGUUGCUCUUAGUUAAUCGGAAUUUCAUCAGUUUAUCCUUACCUUUCAGAUUAUAUUAGUCUCACGGUUCAUGCAUUAGUACUUUUUUCCCCCAAAGGUGACCUAUCAAACUCUCCAACAGUUAUGACGUGGUGUCAGCAGGUCAGCUGCCUUCUCCCUGAAUAUGUGAUAAGACCACAGCAGAGCGCAGUGAGCCUGGCUCAACUGCAGUGGACAUGAUGCCACCUCACUUUUCAACCCAUGGGUAUAGCAGGCUCUGUCCUGAGCAGAGCACUGGUGGUCAUGACCAUGUUUUUGCAGGCCCAUAAUGACUUUGUUUUCUCCUUACCCAUCAGCAUGGGUUGGAAACUGGUGGCAAGAGAGGACACUUGUUCAGAAGCCAUGAGAAGUUAACUAUACCACUUUCUCUUCCCACAGACUUUUUACAUUAAAAAUACAGAGAACUGUCUUGUGCCUGCUGCUUCAUAAAAUGACUAUACAACACCCUAAGAUUGCAGUGAGAAGCAGGUAGAAUACUUGCUCUCCAUACGGUUACCCACCUUGAACUACCACUGUCUUCCCCAUACACAGCACUUGCCUCAAUGUAAUUCACAAAUUUAGAAAGGCUGAUAGGGAUAAAUCUACGUAAGCCAUUGAAAAGUGAAGUGAGAGAAGAGCACAGUUCUAUUACCAGUGCCACAGGCAGUCCUGACUGCAGCUGUGCUUCACUUUAUAAACAGAAUGCAAGUCCAGCACUUUGGAAAAAUACCUGUUUUUACUGCAUAGCUGCAUCAAGGUAGUACAGGAAGCACAUAGACAAAGCUGCACUGAGGCACAAUAGAACUCUAUCCUGACUAGGAUCUUAUGUCUAAGAGUGCUCAGGAGUGGGGUGUUGAAGAGCAACAGUAAGAGCUGAGUGAGGAUGUAUUGAUUAUUUCCUAGACAUCCUCUGAUGGUUUGCAACAGCAUGUAGCUCAGAGCUGUCCUAAGGCAGAUGCAGUCUCUUCUAACAAGACAGAAUGUGGAGCUGCAGAUACCAAAUGGGCACUAAAAGAAAGAGCUGGGAAUUUUAAAAGCAUCUGCACUAACAACCUAAAUUUUGUACAAGCUUUUCACUCUCUCAAAUGGAACAAUCUUCUGUCAGCAUAGUUGCCAUGAAUCUUUGACCUGUAACAGGUUUUUUUUUAGCUGCUUUUUAAAAACCCUCACAGAUAAGGAAUUUUUAAUUAGUAUCUUGGAGGAAAUAAUGCUGAAAUUGCCCCUGUUGUGAUGCUGAAUGCUACAUGCUGUCCAAACCAUAUUAUCUCAAAAGAAAAAUAACAAUGCCACACACCAUAACCUUCAGUCCUUAAAUUCUGAAACUUACUUCAUACAAUCAGAGAUUUCAUAGUGCUCAAUUGCAACCAUUUCAAAAUAUAACUUGCUUGAAACCAUUUUUAAGGAGACACUUAUAGUGAUAAUCAAUGAGAGAACCCCAUAGUGUCAAAAUUAAAUUACUUUGGCAACUGAAAGCUGAAACACAAUUUUGAUUCCUAGAGGAAUGACAUGAGCUGGAAACGUGGGAUUAAUUCAGUCCUGUUAUGCAUGUGAAGUCUUCCAACACUUCCCACUGCAGAAUCAGCCAUUAUAGGAUUAUUAUAAAUUGCUCUUCCUGAGAGGUGUCUUUUAACAUGUUAGCAAAUUGGUUUUGUAUUUGAGUGUAUAGAGUUGUUUUUUCUUCUGGGUUCAGCAUUAGUACUUUAUGUUGCUUCAUACAACCUCAUACUUACAUUUUAAAGAAGGGACUUAAAAUAAUGCAAAUGUUAUUUUGUCUUUCUCUGCUUUCUUCUCACAUUUGUUGAUAUUCCUGCUUCUGAUUUGUUAUUUUUAAUCUCAAUUUAAGCGCUUUGCAUCUUCAUUUUUCCCUUGAAAGAAAAAGAAUUUUUAAUUGCACACAUUUAAGGUGUUCCCCUCAUAUCAACUCUUUUCCUGAGCUAAUUUCUCAACAGAUUUGCCAAUGGGCAUGUGUGCACUAAGAAAGCUUUCCAGGACUAAUAAAAUAGUUAAGAGCUUUUGCAAGUGUAACUUAUUCCACCUCCAGUACACUCCCCCUACUUACCCAAAAGAGAAGAAAACACUGCUGCUGCAAAUAUGGUUUUCAGCAAUGUACUUGCGCCUCCACAGCUGGGUCAGCCAGGGAUCAGACUUUCUUAGACUCUUGAGCAGCAGAGCUCUGUGAGGCAUAGCUGUGCUCUCUCCUCCUGGCUGUCCACCCUUCUCAGUCUGAUGAAGAGACCUUAGUGAUAUCAUGUCUAAUAUCUCUCCAUCACAUUAUCUGAAUUUGUUUUGAUUUGUCAUUACCUCUGAUCAUGGCAGCACUUCUUGCCAACUUACCUUUCUGGGUGACUACUGUACAUAAGCAGAUGACAAGCCUGCUUCUAUGCAAUAUAAAGUUGGACAAGUGUAUCCUUCUAUAUUUGCGACACAAAAUAAAGAGACACUAAUGGUGGUAUUUGCUUCCCUCUCUGUUACAGAACACUUUGCACGCAGGUAAGAAUACAUUCUUUCGUGCUGAGAAGCAUUGCCGGUCCUGGCAUGUUGACUGUUCCUUCCUGUGGCCAUACAAAACUGCCCAGUGGAACAGCUAACUGCUCUGAGUCUGACAAGUGCCUCUUCAUGCACAUUUUUUUGUAUGCUAUAGGCUAUUCACUGAGAUUCACCUCAAAGGAAGCCAACAAGCU